CCGGGGUUUGCGAUCACCUUUUGUUUUGUUGUUCCAUUUGCUGGUUAUUGAUUCACACUCAACGCCCCGAGCUCCGACGUCGAAUUGCUUCCAGCGAUUUUAUGUCGAGUAUGUUCAAUGUGAUGGAAAUGAACGAUUGAAGGUGUGUGCAUUGUUUGUGGAAUUUGUCUAAGUUGUCCACUGGUGAUGGAGGAGAAGCGGGGAGUGGCGCUAGAGCUCAACGAUACAGUGAUCAAACGCAUGUGCGUGGGCGCUGCCUUCAAGGAUUAUGGUGGGAGGGUCAAUUCACUUGAUUUUCAUCGCGCUGACGACCUCCUUGUAACUGCCUCUGACGACGAAUCUAUACGCCUCUACGAUACCGCUAAUGCCACAUUGCUGAAAACAAUACAUAGCAAGAAGUAUGGGGUAGACCAGAUUUGCUUCACCCACCACACCAGCUCAGUAGUUUACUCUUCAAAGAACGGAUGGGAUGAGUCGCUGCGAUAUUUAUCAUUGUUUGACAAUCGAUAUUUGCGCUACUUCAAAGGGCACCGUGACAGGGUGGUCUCACUAUGCAUGUCUCCCAAGAAUGACUGUUUCAUGUCUGGUGCACUGGAUCACACUGUACGCCUGUGGGAUCUGCGCACGAAUGUGUGUCAGGGACUUUUGCGUGUGAGGGGUAGACCCGCUGUUGCGUAUGAUCAACAGGGCCUUGUAUUUUCUGUAGCUAUGGAAAAUGGAGCUAUCAAACUAUUUGACGUACGCUCUUAUGACAAGGGACCUUUUGAUACAUUCUUGGUAGGGGGUGAUACAGUUGAAGUGUCUGGUAUGAAAUUCAGCUAUGAUGGCAAGCUUAUGCUACUGUCAACAUCCAACGGUCAUAUCUAUGUUUUAGAUGCCUACACUGGACGGAAGGUUCAUGCUUUCACUGUUGAACCCAACCCUGACGGUGCGGUACUGGAGGCUUCCUUCAGUCCAGAUUCGCAAUUUGUUAUUGCAGGGUCGGGUGAUGGCUCUUUGCGAGCAUGGAACACGGUGUCGGGUGCUGAGGUUGCAUGCUGGACGAACAACGCAGGGGUGCCUGCAUGUGUGAAGUGGGCGCCUCGCCGGUUUAUGUUUGCUACUGCAUCAGUUGCAUUGUCCUUCUGGGUUCCUGAUUUAUCGAAGCUUCAGAAAGCAGAUAAUGGUUCCUAAAGCAGAUAAUGGUUGCAGAUGACGACGACAACCUAAUUCUGCAAAUGAGUAUCCCCCAAGGGUCCCUCACUUGUGAGAUUUAUUGAGGCUCUUAAAAAUCACCUCAGUUUUGUAUCAUACAUAAGUCAUGGAAUAUGCCUGCUGUAGGAAAUUCAUUUUAAGUCCAUUUUAAAUUCAUUCCUUUACAGGGCAUGAAGAAAAGCGUAUGCUGUCGUUCCAUGUGCUUGGUUUGGCGAAUCAAUUGGUAGACAAUGAAGGUUUCGAUAAAAUCAAUGUCUUCAAUGCCUGUAGUUAAGCAGCAAGCAUAUUUUAUGACAAACUUUGGCUGUGAUGGAUCUGUUUAGAUACAUGUCUCACAUGACUUUUAGUAUGGUUCAUGUGAUUGUCACACAUGUGGCAUCAAAACUGAUGAUAUGACAUGUCCACAACACUGAUAAUCCAUGUAGUAACUACUUAAUUCCAAGCUUUUAUAUUUUGGGGCA